UUUCUUGUCUGUUCGAAUUCAACCCAACACAUUGCGAGAGACUGUAUCUUCUCAUCCCGUCCUGCCAAAGCCCCACCACCUCCGCUUCAGCGUGGAACUGGACGAAGACAAGCCCCUAAUCGCUCAACCGUCUUGACUAGAUUACUAGCCCCCGAUCGCGCUUCCGGCUCCUCCACAGCUGCUUAGCUGCAGCGACAAUUUUCUUCUAUUCUGUCAUCUCUGCCCUCGAUUGACUCGAUCGCUCCGAGCAUCAACUGUCUGAGAACAUCCCUCGCCGGUUCAUUUCCCCACAGCGACAAUGUCGGCCACAAGCAGUCCCAUCGAGCAGAGGCUCCCUGAGCGUACGGCGACCAUCGGGAGCACCAUGACCCGACGGACCUCCGCCAGUGACGAUGAGGCCAUUCCCGACUCCGAUAGCAAUGAGACCACCAAUCUUCUCCUUGAACGUCUUCGGGCUUGGAAGCACAUGUGUGGUUACCUGGAAGACUACGUUUCGUCGACUGCCAAGGUUUCGAAAUCGCAGGCGAAGGAUUUCGAAAAAGUGUUAAAGACGGUCAAUGAGCCGCUCCGAGAAGGGCACCAUUUCUCCCAGAGCGUGGGCGGAGUGGCUUCGUGGUUCGAGAACAUCAGGUCCAACACUCAGGGAAUGGUGAACCUGUAUCUCGAUUCGGAAAAGAACCUGAAGGGGUCCGUACUUCCGACUCUCGAGCGCCUCCACAAGGAGAUCAAGGCCAAGUCCAAGGAGCUCCAAGGCGGAGCUGCGAAGGGCGCCAAGGCUGUCGACAAAGCUCGCGGUAUCACGCAGAAGCAUAUCGAGCUCCUCGCCCAGCACACGGCCACGCUGGACGCAGCCCACGGCAACAAGAUUGACACCGCCCAUGACCCUUACAUUUUGCGCCGGGGUGUCGUCCAUCGCCUGAACAAGCAGGUCAUCGAGGAGAACAACAACCGCCAAGACAUUAUUGCUGUGCAGAACAACUUCCAGCAGUUCGAGGCUCAUGUCCUUCAAACCGUUCAGGGGGCCAUGGAGCAAUUCACCAUUUACAUGAGUAACCAGCUGGACCGUCACCGCGCCAUGUACAGCGAUAUCCUCUCCUCCGCUCAGCGAGUUCCUCCCGACUUCGAAUGGGUCAACUUCAUGACCAGAAACGACCACAUACUCGUCAACCCCGAUGCGCCCCCGCGAUCUCUCUCCAAUAUCACCUUCCCCAACCAGGACCACCGUGCCACCAAGCCCCUCAUUGAAGGCCUCCUUGAGCGGAAGUCGCGCGCCAUGCUCAAGGGUUACAGCAGCGGCUACUACGUGGUGACUCCUGCCCGCUACCUCCACGAAUUCAAAGACAACGAUGACUUUCGGCGGGACCCUCACCCCGAACUUUCCCUCUACCUCCCCGACUGUGUCAUCGGUGCCAUCGAUGGCGUCAAGUUCAACGUCAAGGGCAAGGACGUGUCGGGCGGCAAGGUCGGAAACGCCUUUCACACCCACACCGAGUUGAGCUUCAAGGCCACCAACCCGAACGAGGCCGAGAAGUGGUGGACGACCAUCAAGGACGCCACCCGUGGUCCGGUGCACACCAGCAGCGGCACCACUUCCUCGCCAACCACCCUCGCCGCCAUCGACACGAACCAGCCUCCCGCCUACGCGGAGAAGGAAGCUGCUUCCGCCGGCGGCGCCAACCAGGCCCAGACCCCCGUCACGCCCGCCAGCGCCGCCCCUGCCAGUGCUGGACCCGCCAGUGCCGGCCCCGCCGGUGCCGCACCCGCAAGCAUCACCCGCACCGACACCAGCGGCACCGGCACUCUGCCGACCACCACCACCACCACCACCAACCCCGCAACUGCCACCGCAGCUGGAGCGCAAGCCCCCUCCUCGCCCACUGUCGAGAAAACCGUCUAGGAUAUCAAAUUCUUCCAAGUGAAUUCACCUGCCGCCACCCGUCUAUUUGCUUAAUUCCUUCUUGUUGGAUUCAAGCCGAGUUUAGUGCGUCCUCGAUCUCAGCGGUGAAUAUGAUUGUAGUUAGUGGCAUAAUCGUCUUGUUAUUUAUUAAUUUAUCCUAUCUAUUUCCCUUGUCUUUUGGCGAUCUUCGAGUACUAUAUUUCUCCCCAUUCCCCAAAUUGAUUUACCGUGACCGCUAGCCUAAGCUUGCUGCUAAGACUGGGUCUUUUGCCUUUGUCGUAUUCACACACGCCAUAUUCGCCGUUUGAAACGUUGUUGACUCUAAUGUGAUUAACUUACUCUGGGUGCUGGUGUUUUUGUAAAUAGUUAGUUGUUUGGACUAUGAAAGC